GUUUCCUUUUCGUGUGAGGUAAUAUUGCCAAUUCUAUCAUUUUAACCCCCCCAAGGGCCCCCCAGUGUGCCUGACAUCACGGCUCUCAACCCUCCCUUCUGGUGUUUUCUGGCGUUCCCUUUCGAGCAACACACGACGUUUCGCGUUGCGUUGCCCCCCUUUAGCCCUCUAGCCCUUCAGAUCUUUCGCGCCAUCCCUCCGAUCACCAUACAUACACCAUACAUAGCCAAUACAUCACCUGGGCAUUGACCAUCCACCAUCCUUCACACCCACUUACCGUUACCCCCUGUUUAUAGUUACCCCAUAAUAUUGGAACCGCCGCUCUCUGUCUCGUCUCCUGAUCUUGCCCACCCCUCUGCCCCUCCAACCAGAUAAAACACACGCCCCCUGAAACCAAUUGCGCUCUCCGUAUCCCUCAUCGCAUCUUUUAAACCCACUGUCUCUUUGCAUUGUAUUUUUAUCCAUCUAACUCGACCUCUUCUCCCCACAGGCCUGCGGUGACGUUUUAACCAAAAAGAAACUUGACCCACACAGAAAUCGUUGUUACGGCGCUUCCUUCACCUGCAUUGAUUGUAUGGUACACUUUCCCGGAACUGAAUAUCGCGCGCAUAGUAGUUGCAUGUCAGAAGAACAAAAAUACCAAGGCUCUCUAUACAAACCCAAGAGACAGAAAUCCAACGGCGUCGAAUCCUACGAUAGAACCGAAGCUAUGGCUCAUAACGCGUACGUCGAAGACGUGACGGAGGAGUACGAAGACUACCGGCAAUAUGAAGUUCACGAUGGCGAAGACGGACACAUGGGAACAAUGCCGCCGCCGGAAGCGCCCACUCCUCCCCCUGCCGCCGCUGACGAUCCCAAUGUGAACGUCUUUGACUUUCUGGAUACACCAACUGUUUCUAAUGUCAACCUACAAUUUUACGAUAACCCUGCACCGCCUAGUGGCGGCCGGCAGCUCGUGCGCUUCGAGCAGACCACGGAAGAUUACGUAGACUCGACAGGAUAUAUGGUCGACGACGGUGCAAUGGUUCAUUACGGAACUGGCUCCGUCCCCGCUGAGGCGUUCGAGACACCAGCACCUAAGCUUCAGCGAAGGAAGACGAAGGAUAGCGACGGAAAGAAGACUAAGAAACGCAAGCAACUACAUAUCGAGACGUCGCCUGGACCUUUGGCGCUGGAAGCGGCGCAUGGCGACGAAGUAAUGACUGAUGCGCCGCCUGUAUUGCACUCGGGCUUGACCGGUGGUCUGAACCGUAUGAUGCGCCCAUCCCAAUUCCCUCCAUCGCCAGACUACUCCGGAGGCGACGGAGCCGAGAAAUCACCAACGACCCCUAUUAGGAAGACAAAACACAAGUCCCACAAGACUAAAUCUAGUCGGACAGACACAAUUAGCGGGGGACUUAGAGCUUUCAUAUCGGGAACUUCAAAGUCGAAGGUGUCUAAGAAGCGGAAGCAUUCAUCAGAUAAAGAUAAAAACGAGAAGAAAUCGAGAAAUCACCAUCGGUCGAGUUCCGAAAAAGCCCCAAAGCUAAUCGAAUAUAAAACGAAAUCAGGGGAUGAGAAGGACGGCGAGUCGGGUCAGAUGAUUCUUUACCGACCGAGAUCCGACCUGUUCCUGAGCCUGUGUAACAAGGGCCCAGAAAGCGAACGAGGCUGCAGCGUAAACAAGGCUCUGAAGAGAUUCCAUCGCGAACGGUCGGAGUCGGGUACCAGCUUGGGCAAGUCAAUGGAGGAGAAGGAGCUCUGGCGGUCAUUACGUAUGCGUCGUAAUGAACAGGGAGAGAUUGUCUUGUUCUCGGUUGAAGCUUGAGAAUAUGUAUCGAUCAAGAAGAAAAGAGUAAUGGCGUUCUAAUAGGGUUGUUUUCUGGGGAAUUAAUGUGAUACCUACGUGCGGAAUGGCGGUUUAGGGGAAAACGAGGGAGGACGGACAAUCUGGGAUCCGUCGGUUUUCCGUAUGGAAACCUGGCUGCUUCUGAGCUGGUCUUGAAGCCUCAUUAUAGAGGAGGUCGUGUAAGGAAUAGCAGAGCGGGUCGGCUCGGAUUGGUUAUCGGUUUGUCAUCACCACCUGUACGUUUCUUGGUUGUCCUUUUCGAGUGUUUGAGUAUGGGCACGCAGGUAAUGUGGAGGAUAAGAGGAUGGAGAGGCUAUUAGAAUUUCCAAUCACGUGUAGAGCAUAUCUAUUGUCUCCA